CUCCUCCUUCCCUUCUCUCUCCACAUAACCCCAAUUCACUCAGAUUCACUUUAUCUCCCAUAACCAUUUUUAUGGUAAAUUUUUCUGCGUAUUUUUGAGUUUCAGGAGGAAACUCGCCGCCGACUGUUCGACGAUCAUGAACCAAUCUCAGCUUCUGAACCGAAGUUACCACCCUUGGCCACCACCUUUACCACCACGGCCCACAAUGGUACCGGAAAAUCAACAAACUUUCCGUGUGUUACAAAGACCUUGUUUUACUCCCGGGAGCGUAAACAGGAGUGAUUGGAAACUCCAAAACCUUUACAACUCCGAUUUUCAGAAACCCCACCGUUUGAACAAACCCCGCCGGUUUUUUCAGAAGAAGAAACAGAGAGAUAAUUAUCGUUUUACCCCUUUCACCCCGCAUAACACGACAUCGUUCCUAAUCCGUGCGAAAAAAUCCGGGGGACUUACUUCUUUGGUUUCCCCUUGUCCGGUGACUCCGGCUGUUUUACCGACGCCGAAGUUUUCCCCGGCGAGGGAGAUUUUAGCUGAUGUAGCGAAGGAAGAGUGGGGUGUAGACGGGUACGGGUCGAUGAACGGGUUGAUCCGGGUCCGAUCACCUGAAAACGAGCCAGAAGAAGAAGAUGAAGGAGAAGGGGUUAUUGUAUCCUGGAACAGUGAUGUUGAGGAAGUGGAGAAGAGGUUAAGCCAUGACUUGAGCCGUUUUGAGAUGAUAUAUGACCCGAUAAAUGGUGGGUUGGGUCGCGAUACGUAUGAUUUUGGUUACAGAGUUGACGAUGUGGAGGAACAUAUUGAGAGAUUGGAGGAGGAAAACAUGGAGUUGAAGGAGAAAAUGUUUGUAAUGGAGAGGGAAUUGGAGGAAUUGCGGAAAAGGGUUCGGUAUUUGGAAGGUGAAGAUGAUAAUGGAGAUGGAAAUGAGUCGGAUAAUGAAGCUGGUUCUGAGAAAAGUGUAGGAGAUUGAGGUGGCGAUGGAGAUGGAGAAGAAGAAGAAGGAUCUGUAUAGUUUAGUUUUGUAUCUAAGUGUAGAUCUUAGAUAUUAAUCUUAUCUUUUAGUUGUUAACUUUUGAUGAGUAGAAGUAAUUGUAGUAGUAAUCCUUUGAUCUGACUAAUAAAACUAGAUCAACUUUGAUUGCUCAAUCAAGCUGAAUAUUUUAGUUA